AUGUCUCUCCCGGGACAUCACGACGGGACUCACGGCAGCACCACACCAAGGGAUCACAAAUGCUCGCUCCAGCUCCCAGCAUUAUGUGAAUCCGCUGAGAAUUUUAAUAUCGAGAGAAAGAAAUCAAAUUUCCAAAAACUCUGCCGCACAUCAUUUGAGGAAGCUCGGCAACUCCUUGGGAAAAACCUGAAUGCCAAGUCAAGUGUCACCUCUGCCGCUGUGAGAAAAGAUAAACCCCUCCCUGCCAUAGAGACCCCGACUAACGUGGAGGAGCAGAAGCCAGCGUCCAUGGCAGACCUCCUGCACCACAGCCUGCUGAUGGGUUCCCUCGUCCCACUGGAGCAGCUAUCCAGGACCCAUCAGAAACUGAUUCAGGCGGGGAUUCCCCCUCCCAUAUACACAUUUCCUUAUGGGUUCAGGACGGAUGAGCCCAUAGCUACUCCGAAAAAGCCCACCUUUAGGAGAAGGACCGAAAGCAUCACGUUUCGCAAACUUCUCCUGGCUUCUGUUACCCCGGACAGGCUGGACUUUGAAGAUAAAUCGAUUCGAUUCUUCUCCUUCGAGCCCGGAAAGCAAUUCCUGGACCUAGUGGACCUGGAGUGGAGGUAUUUCAAGGGGCUCGCAAGGUGGGGACGCGUGCCCAGGACACUGCCAUUCAUGAACAUAGAUUUCACGACUGAGAAGAGAUUCGUGGAGAGCCAAGGCAUGCCAGGGUUGAUUUUCCCUCCUCUAGUUCAAAAAACUAUGGUGAUAUAUCCUCAGAUUGAAUGUUAUAAAGAGGGACAUUUUUCUCUUAAAUGGAAUGUCUAGCACACUGAAAUACUUUGGGACUGGAUUGUGGCAUUUGAGGACAUUAAAUUUAUACAGGAGACAGCAAAGCACCCAAUCCAUUUUUUCUAUACAACAUCUGUGC